GGGAUGUUCCGCGCAGACAAAGGAAGGAGGUCUCCUGUGCUGUGGGUGGUCAUUAUCAUCCAGCUUAGACAACGGAAAGGUCUGCAGCUCCAAACGCACACAAUGCCACAUCACACACCGCGGACGCAGCUCUCCAACAUGCGUUUCGGACUUUGGCUCCUGUUCGCUUUGUUGACGGAAAGUUGGUGCGCCCCACAGCAGACAUGCCACCCGGGAGACGAGUUUUUGGGAAGAUGCAGCAGGAACGACGUAUUCGAAGAAAAACCUACCUGCACAGAGCUGAACCUGGGCUACUGUAAUGACAUGGACUAUUCUAGUACUAUAUUCCCCAACAUCCUUGGGCACCGGACUCGUCUGGAGGCUGAAUCUGGAGCGGAGUAUUUGCUCCUGAGUGUCAUACAUGGCUUGCUCAAUGGGGAGUGUUCACCUGAGAUCCGUCUUGUAGGCUGCUCAGUACUCGCCUCACCGUGCCAAAAUGACAAGAUGAUCAAGCCCUGCCGCACCACAUGUGAAGCUCUGAGGAAGGACUGCUCUCAUGCCUUUGAGUCCAUCGAAAUGGCCUGGCCCUACUUCCUGGACUGUGACCGCUUCUUUGCCAGUAAUGAAGAAGGCUGCUAUGACCCUCUGGCAGGGCUGAGAGCCAGACAGGAGCUAGCACUGUCCAGCAUCUCCCCUGAAGAACCCAGCACCAUCAUCCAGUUCACCUACGCCUCCAACGCCCAGAUGUACAGUCUGCUGAAGAGAACGGCAGCCAAGUGCUCCCACAUCUCUCAUGUAUACAGCAUCGGACGCAGCACCGAAGGCAGAGAUUUACUGGUUAUCGAGUUCACCAACAACCCUGGACAGCAUGAGCUAUUGGAGCCUGAGAUCAAGCUGGUGGGAAACAUGCACGGCAAUGAGGUGCUGGGCCGCCAGCUGCUCAUCUAUCUGACUCAGUACUUGUGUUCAGAGUACAUCCUGGGGAACCAACGGAUUCAGCAGAUCAUCAACACCACUCGCAUCCAUAUUCUGGCCUCUAUGAACCCUGAUGGUUAUGAACUGGCCGCUUCAGAGGUAGAGGAUAGCACUGACCCGGAGCUCAGCAACCAGGAAGGUCACUUGUUAAAUGGUUGGACUAAUGGUCGGACCAACGCCCAGAACAUUGACCUAAACCGCAACUUUCCAGACCUUACCUCCGUCUUCUAUAGGAACCGCCGUAGCAGGUACUACCGCAUCGACCAUAUCCCAAUCCCAGAUGCCUACUGGUUUGGAAAGGUGGCACCAGAGACCCACGCAGUCAUGAAGUGGAUCAGGUCCCUGCCCUUCGUUCAGUCUGCCAGCCUCCACGGUGGGGAGCUGGUGGUCUCCUAUCCCUUUGACUUCUCCAGACACCCACAUGAGGAGAGGAUGUUCUCCCCCACACCAGAUGAGCAGAUCUUCAAGCAGCUGGCUCGGACCUAUGCUGACGCCCAUGCCACCAUGUCAAAUAAUGACACAGACAGAUGUGGAGCCUCCUUUUAUCGGACUAGAGGCAUCAUCAAUGGAGCACUGUGGUACAGUUUUGCUGGUGGUAUGUCAGAUUUCAACUACUUGCACACUAACUGUCUGGAGAUCACUGUGGAGCUCGGCUGUGAUAAGUUCCCCUCAGAGGCGGAGCUUUACCCAGAGUGGAAGAGGAAUAAAGAAGCUCUGCUCAGUUUUCUGGAGUCUGUUCAUCGGGGGAUAAAAGGUGUUGUUAGAGAUACUGAUGGCAAUGGGAUAAAAGGAGCAACUAUCUCUGUCAGGGGUAUUAGGAAAGAUGUUACAACAGCUGACGAUGGAGAUUACUGGCGGCUGCUGAACCCUGGUACUCACAUCCUGACAGCCACAGCUAAGGGUUACUCCAAGGUCAACAAGAGGGUCCACAUCCCUCAUAAUAUGAACAAAGCAGGACGUGUAGACUUUGUGUUGAAAAAGGUUGUCGUGGAGCCUGACAUUGAUGACCACCUGUUCCCCACAGUAGACACAUGGGAUCGAUUCGACCCAUAUAACCAGUUUGAGCGCUACAGUGAGCCAGGACUGGGAGAGGAAGGGAUAGAGCGGCAGGAGAAGCCCUGGUGGUGGAACUACUUCUCCCAGUCUGGUAUAUCACCUCCAAACUGGCUGCUCCGAAAUGUAUAAUUACCUUUUUCAGAGGACCAUUGAGCAUUCCACUGCAGCUUGGUACAGUGAGACUCCCACAUCCAGUCCCUCUGCUGUGCACAAGGGGUUUAUUUGUAACAGGAGCUGUGACACUGCAAUUAACAGUGCCAAAAAAUGAAAAUAAAUGAAUCUGUGGUUUCUGGUUGGAUCUGAAUAGGUGUUUUCUAUCAUGUAAAAAAAUAAAUAAAUAAAUAGAAUGGUGCAAGUGAGUACCAACUUUUACAAACUGCAUCAAUUGGAAGUCAAAAUGGUAUGCACUUAUUAAAAUAUUGAAAAUGACAGAGUACAAUUUUACAUGAAGGCAGCUGUAUAAGUAAUUUUUCUGCACACUUAAAAAAAAAAAUGCAAUUGGGUGAAAAUGUAAAUCUAAUUUGACUAGGUUGUUUCCUGUGUUUUGACCACUUUUUUUUUUUUUUUUUUUUUUUUUUUACAAUUUCCAACUCAUUACUGAAAUAAAAUAUUUCAGACCUCUAAGCAUCUCAUAUUGAGCACCACAUUUAAGCUUGAUGUAGCAGCAAUAACUGUCAUCUGUGAACAGUAUUGCUUUAUUUUUCACAAGCAUGGAAAUGGAAAAUAAAUAUCACGGUAUUU